AUUUCAAACAUGGCGUUGAAAUGAAACACCGCUUCCGUUGUGUGGGCCAAAUGUUCGGUUUUUUCUUUUCGUACGGUUCUUAAACAUGACUGGUUUAACGAAUAGGGCCGUUGUUAUUGAUGGUCGUGGCCAUUUGGUCGGCCGUUUGGCUUCCGUCGUUGCUAAAUAUCUUUUACAAGGUGGCAAAGUAGCUGUUGUACGAUGCGAAGAAUUGAAUCUUUCUGGUCAUUUUUACAGAAACAAAAUUAAGUUCUUGGCUUACUUGCGUAAACGUUGCAAUGUUAAUCCUGCCCGUGGUCCAUACCAUUUCCGUGCACCAUCAAGAAUUUUCUACAAAGCUGUUAGAGGCAUGAUUCCACACAAAACAUUGCGCGGCCAAGCUGCACUUGCACGUUUACGUGUCUUCGAUGGUAUUCCACCACCAUACGAUACACGUCGUCGUGUUUGUGUACCAAUUGCUAUGCGCAGCUUGACAUUGCGUUCGGACCGUAAAUACUGUCAAGUAGGUCGUCUAUCACAUGAAGUUGGUUGGCAUUACCAAGAUGUUGUGAAGAGUUUGGAAAGAAAGCGCAAGGCCAAAUUGCGUGUCACACUCAAGCACAACAGAGCAAUGAAGAAGUUGACUCACAAGGCUCGCGAAAAUAUUGCAAAGGCUGCCGAACCCUUCAACAAAAUCAUCAAGUCUUAUGGUUACGAAUGUUAAAAUUCGUAAUUCGUUUACUUGUGUAAAUUUAAUAAGUGAAAAACAUAAAUCUUUUUAAAUAAACAAUAAGUUAAAAAAACA